UUCCUCAAACUACAACCGAUCCGCAUUUUCUCUUUUCUGCUGCAGGCAGUACUACAGUGAUAUUGAAAGCUGAGAUACAAUUAGCAAACAACCUCGACUACUUCUCUGUAAAUUUUAAUACUCCCUUGUACAGAGACACAGAUACCAUUCUGUCGUUAGAAUGGAUAUUGAACUUCUGGACAAUGUGAUCUUUCUGGGCGCUGUCACCGUACUCAGCGCUCUUCAGAACGUCUUCUUCGCGUACACGGUGCAGAACGAAUCCGUUCAUCCGCGCACUUCAAACACAGCUUUCGAUCGGGUUAACGUGGCAAACCAUAACUGCAUUGAAGUGUAUCCCACAUUUCUUGCUCUACUAUGGACUGCUGGACUUUUUUGUAGUCAAGCACCUGCUGCCUUUGCUGGAUUGCUGUAUUUGGUGGUGCGGUACAAAUACUUUGUUGGCUAUUUAGGGGAAAACUGUCAAAGCCUCCCUGGUUUCUUUUUUGGAAAACGUUUAAUGGCAUUCCUCUUCAUCAUGUCAACUGCUGGAAUUGUCAACUACGCAACAAACUACUUCUUUGGGAUCAACGUUCUGUUUUACAUGCAAACAGUCACAAAGGCCUCUGCUGCAUUGCUUCUCAUUCCUUAAUCAAAUAAGGGCUAUUGUCAGCAUGAUCAUUUAAUGAAACAAAACAUUUACAGUUCUGUCAAAUUAUAAUCAACUGUAACUGUAUCUUUGUGGUUAUCUGCAGCAUUUUAUCUUGAUUUUAUUUCUGUUAUGUUGUGCAAAUAAAAUUGAC